GUAAUAAUUUUGCAAAGCUCUUGUACAUUUGUAGGUUGACAUCUAGAGUAUUUCAUCAUGAGUUUAAACGUUUGGUUUUUGUAAUGGAAGGUAGAAAAUAUUAGACAUUUAAUAAAAGAUGAAAUAGGAUGAGGACUGACGGACUGUAUUUGGAAUGAGGGUUUUGUGAAAUGAUUUGGUAAAAUGGCUUCUAGAGCACAGUAAUUAAGAACAUGCCUUGCACCGAAAGAAGCCUUUUUAAAUAAAAAAAUCUGUGUCCUGAAAAAUUUUGGUAGUCCCCUCAAAACAUUCCAGGUAUAUUUAAAAUAAUUGCUGUCACUAACCUAUAUUGUUCUGUCUGUUCUUGAAUUCAGAGCACACCCCUCUGGGCGAGAUUUACCCUUCACAGAAAUGUGGAUGAGACAGAGAAAAUCAAAAGGCAGCGUGAAAAAAUAUACCUUGUGGGUUUAAGGGACCCAGACUAAUCAUUUGGGGAAGCUUCCUGUAAUCUAAUACCACUCCACAAUCUCUUAUUCAUAAUUCCAAAAUCCAAAAAGUCCCGAAAAUUUAAAUUUGGUAUCAUUCAGUGGUAAAACUAGGCUACAAGAAGGGACUGUUCAGUGCCACUAUCUUGCAUCUUUAUUUCUCCCAUUUAAUGUGAAAAUUCAGACUUUUGCUGCAGAACUAUUAAUGUGUUUGAUUAUGGCUUGAUGCCCCUGACCACACUAGGAGUGUGUUAGGGGAUGUAUGGGAUAUACCUAGAACUACACUUGUAAAAUCCGAAAAAGAAAUUUGGAUUCCAAAACAUCUGGCCUCAGGAGUUUCAGAUAAGGGAUUAUGGACCAGUCUUUCCAGUUAUGCCUUUGUUUGGUGCCCUAGAGGUUUUAAUCCCAUCCCUACCCACCCCCCUUGGGGCAAUGCACCCUACUGAGAUGGGAGGGUUGUUCUCUUUCUUUUGCAAAGUGGGGAGAAGGACGAUUAGGUCCUGAACUCCAAGCAGGUUUGCAGGCAGCUUAAGGAAUGGUAUAGAGGGAGCUGGAAGCUCUGGGAAUAGAUUCCUUUAGGACAAUCCAUGCAGCAGAUCCCACUUGGAAGUCUGCUGCUCCAGGGGAAGCGUUGGACAGUGAGCAUUGGGGUGGAUGGGAGUGGCACAUUUUUGUUGUAGAAGGGUCAUAGCAUUGGGAAGGCCUGUGGAUUAAAUUUCACUGACUCUGAGGUAGUCCUUUGGAAGUCCCAGGGAGGAUUUGAGGGUCCUCUUUAACCCCUGGCCUCACCAGGAUGCCCAGGAAUAGUUUUCUGGCCCCCUUUGUUCUAGGCUGCAGUGUGUGUUGCAAGUCUUCUUGGAAUCAGCUACAGGACCUGUGCCGCCUGGCCAAGCUCUCCUGCCCUGCCCUUGGCAUCUCCAAGAGGAACCUCUAUGAUUUUGAAGUCGAGUACCUGUGUGAUUACAAAAAGAUCCGCGAACAGGAGUAUUACCUGGUAAAAUGGCGUGGGUACCCAGACUCAGAGAGCACCUGGGAGCCACGGCAGAAUCUCAAGUGUGUGCGCAUUCUCAAGCAGUUCCACAAGGACUUGGAAAGGGAGCUGCUCCGGCGGCACCACCGGUCAAAGCCACCCCGGCACCUGGACCCAAGCCUGGCCAACUACCUGGUGCAGAAGGCCAAGCAGAGGCGGGCGCUCCGGCGCUGGGAGCAGGAGCUCAACGCCAAGCGCAGCCACCUGGGACGCAUCACCGUAGAGAACGAGGUGGACCUGGACGGCCCCCCGCGGGCCUUCGUGUACAUCAACGAGUACCGUGUCGGUGAGGGCAUCACCCUCAACCAGGUGGCUGUGGGCUGCGAGUGCCAGGACUGUCUGUGGGCACCUGCCGGAGGCUGCUGCCCCGGGGCGUCACUGCACAAGUUUGCCUACAAUGACCAGGGCCAGGUGCGCCUGCGAGCCGGGCUGCCCAUCUACGAGUGCAACUCCCGCUGCCGCUGUGGCUACGACUGCCCCAACCGCGUGGUACAGAAGGGCAUCCGCUAUGACCUCUGCAUCUUCCGCACGGAUGAUGGACGUGGCUGGGGUGUCCGCACGCUGGAGAAGAUCCGCAAGAACAGCUUCGUGAUGGAGUACGUGGGAGAGAUCAUUACCUCAGAGGAGGCAGAGCGGCGGGGCCAGAUCUACGACCGCCAGGGCGCCACCUACCUCUUCGACCUGGACUAUGUGGAGGAUGUGUACACCGUGGAUGCCGCCUAUUACGGCAACAUCUCCCACUUUGUCAACCACAGUUGUGACCCCAACCUCCAGGUGUACAACGUCUUCAUAGACAACCUUGACGAGCGGCUGCCCCGCAUCGCUUUCUUUGCCACAAGAACCAUCCGGGCAGGCGAGGAGCUCACCUUUGAUUACAACAUGCAAGUGGACCCCGUGGACAUGGAGAGCACCCGCAUGGACUCCAACUUUGGCCUGGCUGGGCUCCCCGGCUCCCCCAAGAAGCGGGUCCGGAUCGAAUGCAAGUGUGGGACUGAAUCCUGCCGCAAAUACCUCUUCUAGCCCUUUGAAGUCUGAGGCCAGACUGACCAUGGGGGCCUAAAGCUGCCCACCCUACCCACCCACUGCUGCCCUCCUGUCGAGGAACGACUGCCAGGGCCUCCUGCCUGCCUCUGCCUGCCUCUGCCUGCCUCCACCUGCCCCAUGCUUGGGGCUGCGGGGCCUUAGGGAGAACGGACUCCAGGAGUCCCCUCUCCCUGUCCCAGCCCCAUCCGUGGGUUGCACUUACAAACCCCUGCCACCUUUGGAAGUGAUUUUCCAACACCAGGACUUUCUGCAGUUGGGACUUAUGGCCUAGCAAGGAGGUCCAAGGGCUGAGCCCCAGCCCAGACCCAGAAUAGAAAGAUGUUUGUUUGUUUUUGCACCUGCUUCUGCCUGGAGCCUGAGGGGUCUGUUGCAGGCCCUCUCCCCACUGCCCCAAGGGUGUGGGGAAGCAGCCCCAGGACAGGAUGAUACCAGAGCCCAGGGUUCCCAGCCCACUUGUGUCCCCUGCCACAGCAACGUUUUGCUGGUGAAAGAAGAGGGAUCUCCAGCGCUGGGAGCUGAGGCUGGUGCCUGCUCGUGCUCGCAUGCUGGCUCGUGUCGGCCUAAGAGCCGUAGGGUCUCUUUUUCAGGGCUGUGCAUCUGAAAAGUGGAUACUACAUGCCACUGAAAGGAGAGUGGAUGCCUAUGGCCUGUUGGCCAGUGAGAGACUUUCCCAGCCCUUAAGGUGGGCUGGGACCGAGCUCUGCCUCUGGGAGUACACAGACGGUGCCCAGGGCUCUCAGGAGCUCGGAGGGUGCUGGGAGCCCUAACCUGGGGUGUGACAACUGCUGGCAGUACUCAGAGCUGGACCCGAGACCUAGCUAGGCUGUAGAUAGCACUUAGGACAAAAUGUGCAUUGAUGGGGUGCUGAUGAGGUGCCAGGCACUGGACAGAGCACCUGGUCCACGUGGAUUGUCUCAGGGAAGCCUUGAAAACUAUGGAGGUGGAUGCCAGGAAAGGGCCCGUGUGGCAGAGGGCAAAGCACAGGCCAAGAGUGGGGGUGGGGAUGGCUCAUCCACGAGGGUGUGGCGAGGUGAGGGAAGCCUCUGCCGCCUCCCAGCCCCAGCCCUUCGCGCUCACCUGGGGUCCACUGGUCUCAAAAGUUACCUGCCCACAAAUGUACAAAAGGCGAAGGCUCUGAUGGCUGCCUCGCCUCUUGCUUCCCCUGUGAGGUCUUCUCUAGGAAGCCUUCCCUGACUACCUGUGUGCAGAGUGUCCCUACGUGAGACUGUGUGCCCUGGCACCAGAUGCCAGAUCUGUGUGUCCGUUUGUGUGUCUGUCUGUGUGUCCGUGCUCCCUACCCCAGACUGACCUUCAGGCAUGGACCGAAUCUGAUUCUCCUCUUGUAUAUCCCUCAGCCCUACCUAGCCUGGGAUGGGCAUCAAUAAAACAAAUCAUUGACUGA